GUGUUACUAAAAAUAACCUUGUCACACAAGCUUAUCCUAUAGCUAUAAUGCUAUGCCCAUUAAAAACCUUAUGUUGAAAAAAACUAAAUAAAAGCAAAGUUUGCCUGCUGACAAUGUUUGCAAAAGACAUUGAUUGCUCACCAAUUUAUCAAUUUUGUCAAGCAUAACUGUACGUUUCAUAAAAAUAAUUUCGAAAUGCACCAUACAGAAAAAAUUUGAAUCAUAAACAUUAAGCAACAACUACAGUGUCAACACCAACAUUAUAAAAAUCGAGAACUGCACAUUUGUCAUUUGGAAUCAACUACCCAGUCUGCUGAGAAAUAAAAAUUGUCAUAUGACAGACAUGUGACACUAAGUCUAUGACCUACUUUUCUUAUCUAGGUCAAAGUAGCAUAUACAAGGUGGUUGUGGGUGGUAAUCUAUACCCUAUCUGUAGCACUACUGCCUGACUAAAAGUAAAAUAGUUUGUAAUUUAUGUUAAGUAACAUUUUUUGUAUAUGAUUGGAAUUCUUAAGGGUAAACUGACCCCAGUAACUGAUAGCUACACAGAUAAAUACAGGCAGCAGGUGAAGACAUAUAAGACUAUGUGGAAAAUGAAAACUGAUGAAGAUCCUUUCUGAAGGUGGAAAAUGUAUCUUCCCUAGAGUACCACUCUCAGUCUGUGACUACAGCCAUGAGUACAGCACCACAUCCCGAGUACCAGCACAUGGUGCUGAAAGCAGAUGAUCAGCAGGGUACAUACGUCAGUCUGACACUACCUGGGAUAGCAUACGGGGACUUUGACAGACACAGGCAGCUAUCUCUGGAGAAGAUCUCCAAGCUGUUUGAGUCUGCUCGUGUGUUAGCCUGGCAGAAAAAAGACUUCAUCAACUGGCAGGACAUUAGGAAGAGGCACAACUUGGGUCUGUUUUUGCUUGGAAUAAACUAUGAUAUCUCUCCUAAGCUGUACAGGCAGUUUCCUGUGGGGAUAGCCCAGCCUCUGGAGUGUCGCACUGGCCUGGACAGUGUGGGAGGGAAGUCCUUAGUUCUGAGGUCUACUUGUUUAGAUGCCCAAACUAACCAGGUGCUAGCCGAGGCCAAACUGGUGAUGGUGUCUGUCAACCUGACCACCAGAAAGAGUGUUGCACUUCCAAAGGAGGAGUUCAGCCACCUGAGCUGGAGUCAACAAAGCACAAGCAAGCUAACCAUGCUGAAACCUGCCAAAACACCACCUGACGCCUUUCAUAAAGAAAUUAUAGUUGUCCCCAGCAACAUAGAUCACAACGGACAUGUUAACCAGUCUAUCUAUGUUCGUUUUUGCACUGAUGUGGCUGUCCUUGCUCAGCGCGCGCAGAAGCUUAAGUACAAGUUUACAAAAUAUAUAGAUGAAUAUAAAGUUAAAAGUAUGCAGUGUCUGUAUUUAAGUGAAAGUGAUUUAGAUGAUAAACUUGUGGUGUAUGUAUGGGAUGAAUCAAAUUCUGGAAAUGUCCAUUUCGACAUUGAAAAUAAUACAAAGGGGAAACGUUCAUUUCACUGCUGCAUGGAGUUUUACAGUGCUGAUAAAGCAAAACUUUGAAACUAUUUCCAUAUCUGAUAGGUAUUUCUGAUGAGAGACAUAACAGUUUUCAUCCAAGACAUCCCAGCCUUAUGACUUAGCAUUAACUCAAGUCAACCUGUAAGGAUAUAUGGCAGAAUAGCAAGUGUGGUGCAGCAAAAAAAACCGGCAGAAUUUAUCUACCAACAUUUUCCUGUUCUCCCCCCCCUC